AUGAAACUGAUACAGCUGAAGCAAGGUUCCAUGUCGGUGGCAGAUUACACCAACAUGUUUGAGGAGCUCUGUAGGUUUUCUAGGGUAUGUCAAGGUGCCCCGGAGACUUUUGAGAGCUGGAAGUGUAUUAAGUACCAGAGGGGCUUAAAGGAUAGCAUUAUGACUGUUGUGGCGCCUAUGGAGAUCCGUGUCUUCUCUGACUUGGUGAAUAAGGCGAGAGUGGUGGAGAAGUAUGCCAAGACUGUGGCGGCAUCCAAGGACGCUCAUGGAGGGAGUUCUAGUCGGGGGUGUGGCAAGUAUGUCCAUCCUAGAGGUCAAAGCUUCAAAAGAGAAAGAUAUGCACCUCAAGGUCAAGGAGAUUUCAGGAAGAACACUCAGACUCAGUUUCAUUAUGUUAAAGGGAGAGGAAAUCCGAGUAAGAAUUUUCUGGAUUUGGCUUGUGUACGUUGUGGACGUUUCCAUCCUUAUGACUCAUGCAAAAUUGGUUUAGGUGGUUGUUUCAAUUGUGGGUUGCCUGGCCACAUUGCGAGGGAUUGCACUCAUGGGAGGAACCAGAAUGCGGGCCAGAGUCAGCAUCAAGGUCGAGUCUUUACUGUGAAUGCCAAGGAUGCUUCUAAGGCGGAUCUGUUGAUGAGAGUUAUGACUAGGUCAGGUUGUAGACAAGUAAGGUUCAAACUUGAGGAUAGAAAAUUUGUGCAUGACUUGAUCUGUUUGCCAAUGAUUAGAUUGGAGAUGAUUUUGGGGUUUGAUUGGUUAUCAAAGAAUCGGGUUUUGUUGGAUUACUUUGAACGGACUAUUCGGUUUAUACUGGAAGGAGAGAAUGGAGCAGUGGUAGCUACAAGGUAUUACCUGAACUCUGUAAUGGUGCAUUGUAGUGGGAAGGAGUGUCAGGGUUAUAUUCUGUUGGUUGCUAAUGUGUUGGGUGAUGCCCAGAACUUGGAUCAGAUACCAGUGGUUAAGGAAUUUCCGGAAGUAUUCCCAGAAGAUAUCCGUGAGUUUUCACCUCAAAGGGAAAUCGAGUUUGCGAUUGAAUUGGUGCUGGGAGCCGGACCAGUGUCGAUUGCGCCGUAUAGAAUGGCUCCGAUAGAGCUGGCAGAGUUAAAGACUCAGUUGGAAAGGCUUAUGAACAAGAGGUUCAUUCGACCGUUGAAGAACAAGUACCCGCUUCCAAGAAUAGAUGACUUGAUGGAUCAACUGCAAGGAGCUGGAGUGUUUUCCAAGAUAGAUUUGAGAUCCAAUUACCAUCAGAUAAGGGUGAAAGAGGAUGAUAUCCCUAAGACUGCGUUCAGGACACGUUAUGGACACUACGAGUUUGCGACGGCAAAGGAACAUGAGGAGCAUUUGAGGAUUGUACCACAAAUCCUGAAAGAGCGGAAAUUGUAUGCUAAGUUGUCGAAGUGUGAGUUUUGGAAGGAGGAAGUGAAGUUCUUAGGCCACGUGGUGAGCAAAGGGGGAAUAGUCGUAGACCUUUCUAUGGUAGAAGCGGUGAUGGAAUGA